AUGGCAGAAGGGACAUCCAUGGCCAUCUUCAGCAAUCCCCGCACUACGCUCAGGGAGCCCAAGAGGAAGAGGGACACCGGCCUUGACAUCUUCGGACUGGGCUCCGAAGAUGAUGUCGACUUGACUGUCACGCCAAGCGUCGGCGAUGAGGACAGCGAGACAGGCUCCGGGAAGCUGUUUUUGCCAUUUUUUGCCGAACGCGGUGAUGGGGGCAUAUCUCACAACUCUGUGCCCGAAGGUCGCUAUGUUAACUGUCUGAAAAAGAGGCUCUGUGAGUCGAUACCAGAUUCGACCUGGAGGCUCACAAGAGAGAUCGGGAUGCCGAAGUCGACGUCGAUCCUCCUGCCAGCUGACGCCCAGCAGACAAUUACUCGCCAGGUAUCGUCGGCCGCUGAUACAACCAGCUAG